AUGGAUACUGAUGACCUUUUUGAAAAUAUUCCUGAUAACAGUAUGGCUGAAUGUGUCGCUACUACAAGCAAUAGUGCGAAUAUCAUAUCUGACAUUCUUAUUGUUUCAAAAAGACCUAGCACUAAACUUCUCUCUCCUGUUAGACCCUAUUUUUCACAAAAAACUAUUGAUAAUCAGUCAGUAAUUUGCAGUAUCUGUAAAAGUGAAUUCAGCGUAACUAUAGCUACUAGUAACUUACAUAAACACCUUAACUCUCGACAUCUGAGCUGGGAAACAAACAAAUCAAUACCAAUUCAACAAGUUCUUACAUUUACGCCUGAAGCUACAAUUUCAAAACAAACCCUCAUAAUGGCUCAAAAAACUAAAUUUAAUAUUAUAGACUUGCCUUCACAUGAUGUUAUUAAGUCUAUCAUUCAAAAAGCAUUUACUGUAAUGCAAAAAGAUAUUCAGUCUCUUUUUGAACAAAUUUCUAGUAAAAUUUCCAUUACGUUAGAUAUUUGGACCUCUCGUGCUAAUAUGCCUUUUAUUUGUAUCACAGCAUAUUGGAUAGAUAGUGACUAG